UCAGACCUACACAUGCACCCGUCGCGGACACACUCUCGGACACGCACGCCCGCUAUAGGCCCCCUAGAGCCCCCGCCCUCGUCUUGAGGCCACCUCUGCGCGACCCCAUCGCCAUUGGCCAAGACGCCAAGCCCUCAGCAUCUCCAUCGCAGCUGAAGGGAGCAUUGGGGAAGGUCGGAUACACAGGGGAUUGCCUUUGUCUUUGUGUGUGAACAAUGAAGACGUUAGUGCGACUCGUGCUCGGACUCGUCGUCCUCAAAGCAGUGCUGGCCGGACCCAGGUUUUCCCGACAAGCGGACUUGGACACGUACGACGGCGGCAACUACGACGUGGACGAUUUGAAUUCGGAAAACCAGGAGUAUGACUAUGAAGACGGGCCGACCAUCGACGACCCAGAGAUAGAGAUUGGCACACUGGCCCCGCCAGACUACAACUACCCAGUACCAGAGGCCUCCUUGGAGGAGCAGGUGGACCAAGAAGAAGAGGAGGAAGAGGAAGAGCUGCCCCUGAAACCUCAGCUUAUCCCUCAAGGCUCAGGCGGGUCCGGAGUUCUCAUGGGCCCAGACACACAGAAAGAGGUGGAGCUGCGUCUGAUGCCCAUUGACAUCCUUCAUGUCUCCGGGGAUUUUGGGGGCUCGGUGGGGUCUGGUGCCUCGGGAGCCUCUGGGGUUUCCGGCGGCUCUGGAGAAUCAGGGGAGUUCUUGGUAUCCGGGGAUGUGGAUUACUUUAUAUCAGGGGAUUUUUCUGGAUCUGGGGGGGUCUCUGGAUCAGGGGACCUCCUGAUUUCUGGAGAUGUCUCCGGAUCAGGGGAUCUCCUAAUAUCUGGGGAUCUUUCUGGGUCUGGGGAUUUCUUGAUAUCAGGAGAUCUCACGGGAUCAGGAGAUCUCUUGAUAUCUGGGAUGGGAUCUGCAACUUCUGGAGCCUCCGGAGACUUUGGCUCUGGAGGAUCUGGAAUUGUAAUAGAAUUGGGGUCCGGAGGGUCCGGUAUUGCCACUGGAGGGUCUGGGGACCAGUCUGGUUCUGGGUUCUCGGGAGAUCUUCUGACCUCAGGUGCCUCUGGAGGCUCUGGGGUUUCUGGGGACACGGAUGAGUCCGAGGUCCCAGGGAUAACAUUAUUACCUGGAGAGGAGGAGCUGCCUCUCCUUCCUACAACUAGCCCACAAGAAGCAUCAGGUACUUCUGGGGAUUUCUCAGGAGUUUCAGGAACCUCAGGGGAUCUGGGAGUCUCCGGAGACAUAGAGGUCUCUGGAGCCUCUGGAACUUCUGGUGUCUCUGGCUACGGAGACACGGAGCAGCCUGAUAUAACUCUGAUCCCUGACACUAAAGAGGAGGGGCUGCUUCCCACACAAGAGACCCCUCAGGAGGGUACUGGUGGUGUUGAGGAGACACUGGGCUCUGGCCUUCCAGAGCCAGAUGAACCUGAAGAGCCUGAGGUUGACAGGACAGGCAUGCCCACAUGCUUGCUAUGCACGUGCCUUGGUGGUUCAGUCUACUGCGAUGACUUAAAGCUGGACAGCGUCCCCCCUCUGCCCAAGGACACCACUCACUUCUACGCCCGCUACAACAGGAUUACAAAGAUCAACAAGUCGGACUUUGCCUCCAUGAACAAGCUUAAGAGGAUCGACCUGACCGCCAACGAGAUCUCGUCCGUCGACAGCAGGGCAUUUAUGGGUCUGCCCGAGCUGGAGGAGCUGGUGAUUCGGGAAAAUCACAUCUCGCAGCUGCCCGCCCUGUCGGAGACCAUGACCUUGAUUGACGCCAGCCACAACAACAUUGACUCCAAGGGGAUUACCAAAGAGGCCUUUAAGGACAUGACCGGACUGCUGUACCUGUACCUGACUGACAACAAGAUCGAUUACAUCCCUGUUCCUCUGCCACACAGUCUGAGAUCUCUACAUCUACAGCGUAACAACAUACAGUCGAUGCACGACGACACGUUCUGCAACCUGCACGACUUCAGCUACAUCCGGAACGCCCUGGAGGACAUCCGCCUGGACGGCAACCCCAUUAACCUGAGCCGAACCCCGCAGGCGUACGUCUGCCUGCCCCGCAUCCCCAUCGGGGACCUCAUUUAAUGACCACGGCGAGCACGACCCCACGCACGCAUCACUGUUCAUAUACACGUUGACCCGCCACGCGCAUGCGCACGUGGACACGCGCACAUCCUCCAUACCACUCUGCGUGGAUAUUUCGUGUACCAGAGAAGGUCCAUAAACGCAUGAGAUGCGAGUGAUCAUGCACACCCCCCCACACACAACAACAAAUAACUGUUCCACAACUUGAAUUAGGAGUAUAAAAAAAACCCUCAAAUGAAUGUUUCUGUCUGCCCGCAACCGCUCAUUUUUUUGUUGGAAUAUUGUUUUGUUUUGUAAAGAUUAAAAUAUAAAUAUUAUAAAAUUAAUGUCAACUCUCUUGGGAAAUUGAGUUUUAUGGAAGGUCACAUUUGAGCAUGUUAAUGCAAUAAAAAACGCAUUUUAAACACAAAUCAUUUGUUGUAUAGUCUGUACUGUAAUUAUAUUUGAUUUGUGCACAAUAGCCUAUUCCAAAGAGUCUAGACCAGUGGUGUUUAAAGUACGGCCUGGGUGGAAUUUACUACAAAUUGUGGAAAUUCAAUUCAAUAAAUAAAAAACAGCAAAAAUGGUGAAAAAGAGAAAAAGAGUGAAGAGAAAAAGUUGACAUGUUGAUAUUACUAAUAAAAAGGUAAAAGUUUGGACACUCCUGGUCUGGACGGUUAUUGAAUUAUGCUAAAA